AUGAGCCGCCAGUUCACCUGCAAGCCGGGAGCUACCUCCAAGGCGGGCUUCAGUGGCUGCUCAGCUGUGCUCUCCGGGGCCAGCUCGUCCUCCUACCGGUCAGGGCCCAAGGCCCUCAGUGGGGGCUUUGGCAGCCGGAGCCUCUACAGCCUGGGUGGCGUCCGCACCAUCUCACUCAACAUGGCCAGUGGGAAGAACGGAGGGUUCGGGUUUGGCCGGAGCCGGGCCAGUGGCUUUGCCGGCAGCAUGUUCGGCAGCGUGAACCUGGGGCCCACCUGCCCGACUGUGUGCCCCCCAGGGGGCAUCCACCAGGUCACCGUCAAUGAGAGCCUCCUGGCCCCCCUCAACGUGGAGCUGGACCCUGAGAUCCAGAAGGUGCGCGCCCAGGAGCGGGAGCAGAUCAAGGCUCUGAACAACAAGUUCGCCUCCUUCAUCGACAAGGUACGCUUCCUGGAGCAGCAGAACCAGGUGCUGGAGACCAAGUGGGAGCUGCUGCAGCAGCUGGACCUGACCAACUGCAAGAACAACCUGGAGCCCAUCCUGGAGGGCUUCAUCAGCAGCCUGCGGAAGCAGCUGGAAGGGCUGUCGGGGGACAGGGUGAGGCUGGACUCGGAGCUCAGGAACGUGCGGGACGUGGUGGAGGACUACAAGAAGAGGUAUGAAGAGGAGAUCAACAGGCGGACAGCUGCUGAAAACGAGUUUGUGCUGCUUAAGAAGGACGUGGACGCGGCUUAUGCCAAUAAAGUGGAGCUGCAGGCCAAGGUGGACUCCAUGGACCACGAGAUCAAGUUCCUGAAGUGUCUCUAUGAAGCCGAGAUCGCGCAGAUCCAGUCUCACAUCAGUGACAUGUCCGUCAUCCUGUCCAUGGACAACAACCGGGACCUGGACCUGGACAGCAUCAUCAACGAGGUCCGCGCCCAGUAUGAGGAGAUCGCCCUGAAGAGCAAGGCCGAGGCCGAGGCGCUGUACCAGACCAAGUUCCAGGAGCUCCAGCUGGCAGCCGGCAGACACGGGGAUGACCUCAAAAACACCAAGAGCGAGAUCUCAGAGCUGACCCGGCUCAUCCAGAGAAUCCGCUCUGAGAUUGAGAAUGUGAAGAAGCAGGCCUCUAACCUGGAGACGGCCAUCGCCGAUGCAGAGCAGCGAGGGGACAAUGCCCUCAAGGAUGCCCGGGCCAAGCUGGACGAGCUGGAGAGCGCCCUGCACCAGGCCAAGGAUGAGCUGGCCCGGAUGCUGCGCGAGUACCAGGAGCUGAUGAGCACCAAGCUGGCCCUGGACAUGGAGAUCGCCACCUACCGGAAGCUGCUGGAGGGCGAGGAGUGCAGGAUGUCAGGAGAAUUCCCCUCCCCUGUCAGCAUCUCCAUUAUCAGCAGCACCAGCGGCAGUGGCAGCUACGGCUUCCGGCCCAGCUCGGUCAGCGGCGGCUACGUGGCCAACAGCACGAGCUGCAUCUCGGGAGUGUGCAGUGUCCGCGGCGGUGAGAGCCGGGGCAGGGCCAGUGCCAGCGACUACAAGGAUACCCUGGGCAAGGGCACCAGCCUGAGCGCCAACUCCAAGAAAGCGAGUCGGUAG